CGGCUCUCGUCCUCACGGCGAUGGCCGCUGCAGCGGAGUGGUGGCAGGCCACCAUCGCGGCGGCGUACACAGGUCUCUCCCCCGCGGCGGCGUUCUUCACGGCCGUGGCGGUGGCCGCCGCGCUGUACGUCGCGGUGUCUGGCCUCCUCAAGCGGCCGGCGCCACCGCUACUGCCACCGAGGAGGCGGGGGGUGAUGGAGGAGGAGAGGGCAUCGCAGCCGCUGCCGCCGCCAGUGCAGCUAGGUGAGGUGACGGAGGAGGAGCUGAAGGUCUACGACGGGUCCGACCCCAAGAAGCCGCUGCUCAUGGCCAUCAAGGGCCAAAUCUACGACGUAACGCAGAGCAGGAUGUUUUAUGGACCUGGCGGCCCAUAUGCGCUGUUUGCAGGCAGAGAUGCGAGUAGGGCUUUGGCGAAGAUGUCCUUCGACCCAGAUGAUUUAACCAGCGAUAUUUCUGGCUUAGGCCCUUUUGAGCUUGAGGCUUUGCAGGAAUGGGAGGGCAAAUUCAUGGGCAAGUACGUGAAAGUUGGGACAAUCAAGAAGAUCACUCCGGUGUUAGAGGGAGAUGCUGCAGCUCUGCCAACUCACGGUCGAGCAUCUGAAAGAGGCAUUGAUGCAAGCACCGUAGAGAGCCACCCUGUGCCAAAACCAGAGGUGGAAAAAUUAGAUGUUGAUGUGAGCACAAACAGCCAUGAGGAUAUAAUUGAGAUGCCGGAUGAGUUACCGGAAUCAGGUGUGAAUAAUACGAACAGCCAUGAAGAUGCAGCGGAGAAGCCUGAAGAAACAGCAGACGCAGAUGUUCAGAAAACGAUCAGCACUGAAGAUGCAAGUGAAGCAAAUGGAACACCUGAUGAAGAUGAAAGGAACACGAUCAGCCCUGACGAUGCAAUUGAGAAGCCACAGGAAGCGCCAAUUGUAGAUGAGGGCAAUCAAACCCGCCAUGAAGUUGCUGGAGAACCAAAGGAAGUUCCAGAUGUGAAUAUAAGCAAUACAAGCAGCCAUCAAGAUGCAGUGGAUGAGCCGGAGGAAGCAUCACAUGAAGAAGCGAAGAAUGCAUAUAGUUGAGGCUAUUGCUGUGAUAAUAUCUGUAGGUAGUUAGCAUAAUACAGUAAUACAGUUUUGAAUCAACGGAGAGCCAGCAGGUGAGCUUUGUUGGAUUGAAUGUGUAUGUGUAUUGUGUAGUGUGUGUGUGUGUAAUACCACUAUAGUGGCAGUGCAAUAAGAAUGUAAUAUGCUAAAUACUACGCUGGUGCCAAACUAUACAUUCUACUUUAUA